GCCCAUGUGGAGCACACUGCAGGAGGAAGCCCACCAAGGCUCACCGUAACAACAUUCCUCACCGGUGGACAGCUCAACUGAUGAAGAAAUGGACCCAGAAAAUAGUAGCAGAGCAGGUCUUGCUCUCCCAAACCCACAAGGGCCCUCCAGUGCACCUGAAAUUGAACUUUCAGAAGUAUCUCUCCAUGAAAAUCCCUUACUGGAGAAGGCUGCUUCAUCCCCACCAUGCCAUACAUGGUUGCUAUUUUUGAAGAGGGAGCUGGAAUUUCUGGGGGUAACACAAAUUCUGGUUGGCUUGAUAUGUCUUUGUUUUGGAACAAUUGUCUUCUCCGUGAUCAAUAUUUCAGAAUUUAAGGAAGACGUUUUUUCAUCAUUUAAAGCAGGCUACCCAUUCUGGGGAGCAGUGUUUUUUACUAUUUCUGGGUUUUUGCCAAUUAUGGCUGAAAAGAAACACGCUACUUAUCUGGUGUGGGGAACCCUGGGGGCCAACACCGUCAGCAGCAUAGCUGCUGGGAUAGGAAUCUUCAUCCUGACGGUCAACGUGAAGAGGAGCUUGGCUUAUAUCUACAGCUGCCAGGAGGCUUAUGGAGAGGACUUCUGCUUUAUGGCUUGUUUUUCCACUGAAAUUGUGGCAAUGAUCUUGUUUCUCACCAUUCUGGGAUUUUGCAGUGCUGUGUCCCUCAUAAUCUAUGGGGUUGGAGAAGUAGUCCAAGGGAACAAGAUUGCAGAAGAUCGUCUUUAUGAAGAAUUAAACAUAUAUUCACCAAUUUACAGUGAGUUGGAAGACAAAGUGGAGGCAUCUUCUCCCGCUGAUUCGUAAGAAUCAUGUCUUCAGAACAUUCUGACUCACAGCAAAGGGUCUAGAACAAAAUUUUUGUUUAAGGGGCUACCAGCAAAAUUUCGAUUCUAUGAUCUGCCAGUUUUAUAUUAGGAUUUAUUCUCCAGAGGUUAAUAUUCUGUCUGUUGUUUCUGUUCACCUACACUGCCCCCGCCCAUUUGUGGAUAUGUGAUAGACUCCUAUUUUUCUUGUUUUCUAUUGCUGUCUCAUACAGCAACUUUUGUGGGAAGUCAACAUGUAAUCAGCAAGCAUUUGCUUUGUGCCUAUAACCGUGCAAAUAGAGGAAAAAGUGGAAGGUUGGUUGAGCACUGAGUUAAACUUUGACAGUUUUGGAACACCUGGGUGGCUCAGUCGGUUAAGUGUCACACUCGAUUUUGGCUCAGGUCAUGGUGUCAUGAGGCAUGAGAUCAAGCCCCAUGUCCGGCUCCUCGCUCAGUGGGGAGUCUGCUUGUGAUUCUCUUUCUCUCCCUCUCCCUCUGUCCCAUUUCCCACUCCAUCUCUCUCUUGAUCUAAUAAAUAAAUAAGUAAAUAAAUAAAUAAAUAAAUAAAUAAUCUAAAAAAAAAGCCUUUGACAGUUUGAUCAUGUUUGGCUCUUAGCCCUUUUCAGAGUUCAAAAGAGCUACACAUGUGCAUGAUAUAUGUCCCACUACUGGACUAUAAGCACCUAGAAGGCAAAGCCCGUGCAGGAAACAUAUACUGAGGACAAAUUACGUGUUUGAAAUUUCCCACACUUGUGUCUUUCACCUUGUGUUUCCCAGUUCCUCUCAUCAUGGGAGCUCAAAGUGUAUUUACGAAGUGAAUGGGUGAACAUUCUGGGAGGGUAUCCCACGAGGUCAGGCGAGAAGUAGAGUAGACAAGGAGAAAGAAAUUACUCUGAAGUGAAUUUUGAGGUGAUAAGGAGACCAAAUUGGCAGAUAUUUAGCAUUAGGAGGACAGUCAGAUGGAGAUUUGAAUAGAAUCCUGCAGGUUUGUAUUAAUCAUUUUGGUGGAUGUUUAUCCUACCAGCUUAGCAAUGGAUGCUUCCUGCUUAUGUGUGAUCUUAUAUGGAGAAUCCAACACGGAAUGUUGAAGGAUCAUCAAUCUUAUAAAAUGCAUUGGAACCCCAAGCCUAUUGCUUAUUAGUUGUGGCAAGUUAUUUAAUUUUUUUACUUGAUCUGGCUUUUCUGAUCUGUGAAAUUAAGUUAUUAGGAAUAAUUUACCUGCCAGGAUAUUGGAAAUAAUUUACCUGCCAGGAUUUGUGGUGGGAACACACACACACACACACACACACACACACACACACACACACAACUAAAUUAAGACUAACUUUAAUGGCCCCACUCUCUCAUUUCACUUCAACUUUCUCUUUAAUAUGCUUCAUGCUUGACCAUCUCACAUCAGCAUCCUGGCUUGAAACGUUCUGCCCUCUCUUUUGUGCUUGCUUAAAUUUCUUCUUUGUUUAAUCUCUUCCUUAAGUCCCACCUCAUUCUUUAGGGUUUUCUAGUCAAGAUUGUUCUUCUCUCUAGAUGAUGAAUUUUUCAAACCAAAUACACACACACACACACACACACACACACACAACUUACACUAAGUAUAACUUUCCACAUGCAUACAUUUUACAUCCCUUUAAUGAUAAUUUUUUCAAAGACACAAAGUCUCAUAAAAAUCUGUAUUAUUUCCUGAAUCACCAGCACAUUCACUGACACAAUUUGUUCAAUAAUGUUUGGAGAUUGAUGAGUGGGCAGUGGGGAGUUUUACUAAGUUACUCAGUAUCUGGUGAGGUGGGUGGGUGAAAACAGGAAAACCAUGCAUGGAAAGAUCAUUUAAUGAGGAAUGUGAAAUGAAAAUAAAUUAAUGAAGACCUGAACUAAAAGGGAAUUAGUGGGAAUGGAGAAAAAUGGUCAUAUCUAAAACACUGAGUGAAAGAGGAAUUGGUAGAUCUUGUUAACAAGUUGAAAUAAAGGUUAAAGUUAGACAAGCAAUUGGUCAAAGGAGGACACCUGCUAAGGUUGAAAGAACUGAUAGGAAGUCAGAAAUAUGAAUUAUUGAGAGAGGAGCACAGAUAGACCUAAAUUAAGCUCAGUCUCAGACUUUCAUUUUUAGGUGACCAAAGAGAAAUGCAAUGGAGAGAGCCUGACAGUGUCCAAUACAGAGUUUCGGGAAAGAUGAAAUUUUGUGUCAUUAUGAGAGAGCUCAUCAUUAAAUGAAGCAGUUUAACACUCUGAUUUAUUUUGAGAUAAAAGGGAAGCCAAGUUAACCUUCACAUACCUAUAAUCACAGGGAAAAAAAGAGGAAAAACAAAUCUAGCAAAGAAGUUACGAGAAUUAUCAGAAAAGUGCACUGUGAAGCAGUAGACAGCAGGCAGCUCAAAGUAGAGAAAGGUCCACUAAAGAGAGAAUAACUCACCAUCAUGUGGGCAAGAGAAAAGUCUACAAGAGAAGCCUUGCCCCCAGCGUGGGUGAGAGAGAAGUCUGCCUCCAGGGGAGGCAUGGAGAUGGGGCAGAGCCAACAGCAACAGUGAAUGAAUGGCAGAGGAGCAGAGAAAUUCAAACCAGGGCAUGGUGGUAAGUAAGUGAAUAAAACAUUUGCAGAGGCAUUUAGUAAGAGAGUAUGUGAUAUGAGAAGUCAGAAAAUAGAUGGCGAGUAGCAAGUCAUGAAGAAAAAUAAGCAAAAUGUUUAUGUUGCUCUUGCUGUAUUCGUUAUUAAGAGGAGGAAAAAGUAAUUCACAUCUUAGGAUAAACAGACAAGUCCUGUGGAAAGCCUGAAAUAUCAUCUUGGGGUUAUAUUCACAAGUCAUUAAUAAAAUAAUUAUGUUUUAUGUACUUAGAGCGCCAAAAUUAGAAAGCGACAGGAAGAUAUUAACUUCUAUGAAACUCCAGACUAUGAAAGUGAUCACAUAACCACAUACUUGGUAUGCUUAUCUAACCCAGUACCUCAGGUUUUCUACUUUCAUUUUUCUUUUUCCUCCUUCCUUUCU